AGUAUCAUCUAAUAAGUUCAAUAUGUACCGUACAAUGAAAAUCAAGAAAUUAUAAAUUUCAAUAUUCCCAUGUACCAGUGCUUCAACUGUACUGUAAGAUCAUUGCUUUAUCCUCUUCUUCUUAAACUGAGCCCUUCACCAGCAAUCUUCUAAAAUCCACGUCAAAUGCUAAAAAAUACUUCUAAAUGUUAUUAAUAUUUUCACAGCAGUAAUUAAAUUUUUAUUUCUAGCAGAAUAACUUCCCUUAUGUUCACCUUCACCAGGCACUUGUUCACCACCAAACUUUCCACAUUCCGCCGGUUACCAUCUAUUUGGAACAGAAGAAUGUCAGCAGUCGGUCAAGAUAUUAACGAAAGGAUUUCAGCUCAAGGAAACGUAGUUAGAGCUUUGAAAAGCCAGGGUGCCCCUAAAAAUGAAAUAGACAAAGAGGUAGAAAAACUUUUAGCCCUCAAGAACCUCAAAGUUGGAGAAUCUGGUUCUGGAAAAAAGAAAGAUAACUCGUUCACUUUAAAAACCCCUAAAGGAACGAAGGAUUGGUACGAUAAGGAUGUCGUUUUGCGUGAGCGUAUCUUCAAGACAGUUACCGACAUCUUCAAGCGUCAUGGUGGUGUAACUUUAGACACACCCGUCUUUGAAUUAAAGGAAAUUCUUGCCGGAAAGUAUGGAGAAGAUAGCAAGUUGAUUUAUGACCUCAAGGAUCAAGGUGGUGAACUUUGUUCUCUACGCUAUGACUUGACUGUUCCUUUUGCUCGUUGGUUAGCUAUGAAUCCAAAAGUUACCAACAUUAAGCGUUAUCACAUUGCAAAGGUUUAUCGAAGAGAUCAACCAGCGAUGACCAAGGGACGCAUGCGUGAGUUUUACCAGUGUGAUUUCGAUAUUGCUGGUUCUUUUGAUCCCAUGAUCCCUGACUCUGAGGCUCUCAAAGUGUUAGUCGAAAGUUUAGAUGCUUUGGAGGUUGGAAACUACACCAUCAAAAUCAACCAUCGUCAAAUUUUAGAUGGUAUUUUCACCGUUUGUGGUGUUCCUUCUGAUAAGGUCCGUACUAUUUCUAGUGCUGUCGACAAGCUUGACAAGCUUCCUUGGGAAGAAGUUAAACGUGAAAUGGUUGUUGAGAAGGGUCUUUCUGAAGAUGUAGCUGAUAAAAUUAGUGAAUAUGUUUUGCUUAAGGGUGAUUGCUCUUUGUUAAAUAAAUUGAAGAGCGAUAGUCUCUUGUCUAGCAAUCCUUCUGCUACUUCCGCCUUUAAGGAUAUGGAAUUACUUUUCGAUUAUCUUGAAAGCUUUGGAAUUUUGAAUAAGUUCUCCUUCGACAUGUCUUUGGCUCGUGGUCUUGACUAUUAUACUGGUAUUAUCUAUGAAGCUGUCACAGAAGCGUCAGCUCCCAAGGUGAAGAGUUCCACUGAAAAGAAAUCUUCUGAAGACCCUGAAGCUGAUCGCUCUAACGAUGAUAGUAUCGGUGUUGGUUCUAUUGCUGCUGGUGGACGCUACGACAAUCUUGUUGGUAUGUUUGCUGCUAAGAAAAAUAGCCAAGUACCUUGUGUCGGUAUUAGUUUAGGUUUGGAAAGGAUUUUCUCCAUCUUGAGAUCUAGAAUUCCCGACGAAGAAAUUCGUGCCAACGAGGUUGAUGUUUUCGUUAUGGCCUUCGGCGGUGGUAAGGAAUGGACUGGAUUCUUGAAGGAGCGUAUGCAAAUUUGCGAUGAGCUCUGGAAGAAUGGAAUUAAAGCCGAAUUUUUAUACAAAGCCAAGCCUAAGCCAAGACAGCAAUUUGAUGCGGCUGACAAGUACGCUGUUCCCUUCUCUAUAAUCCUUGGACAAGAUGAAAUUGACCAAAACUCUGUUCGUAUAAGGAAGAUGGGUUUGAAGGAAAAGAGUGAUGAGGGUCAAUUGGUAUCUCGCGCUGAUAUGGUCAAGGUUCUCCAAGGCCUUCUUACAAAUUAAUAUGGAUUAUAUAAGUUUGUUGGUCAGAUUUAGAUAAAAAUGGAAUAUUUUAUUUUGGGUAACUAUAUAUAUGAAAAGCUUAUGAAGCUUGAUAGAUCAAUUCACAAAUCAAGAAAAUGACUUCUUAAAUAGAAUAAGAAGAGUAUCUACUUUUCCACAUAUAAAUAUAUACAUGUUAAAGGAAACAUCAA